ACAAACAUUCAUUCUUUCUGACGUCGAUCGAUCCGAACAUGGAAGCGAAACUGAUCUGGUGGUCACCUUCUCCAUCAUGGCUGAUGCUUUCCACCUUAUGCCUACUUCUGUGUGCACCACAGUUACAAACGAGUAGCGCUACUGUCGCUGCAGCCGGGACGGUCCCGAUUCCGGCAGGAAACGUUGUCCCAUCCGCUGGGGUCAAACUCACGUCUGGAAAAGACGAAGCGAUGAUCGACAAUGGAAUCAUACAACUGACGUUGACGAAUCCAGGAGGGUUUGUCCGUGCACUGAAAUACCAAGGCGUCGAGAACGUGUUGGAAACACACGAGCCCGAUGAUUUUGGAGGGUAUUUUGAUGUCUCAUGGGAUCACCCAGGAGGAGAAGGGAAGACUGAACAGGUGGUGGGAACGAAGUUUACCGUCAUAACUGAAACUGAAGAUCAAGUAGAGCUGUCCUUCAGCAGCUCAUGGGCUGCUUCUCCAAAGGAUUUGGUCCCACUCAACGUUGACAAAAGGUUCAUAGUAAGAAAGGGUGUCUCAGGUUUUUACUGGUACGUGAUCGUCGAGAGACUCAAAGGAUGGCCCGACGUCGACAUGGAUCAACACCGAAUGGUUUUCCGGCCCAAAAUAACCAUGUUCAAGUACAUGGCAGUAUCCGACGAAAUCCAGAAGAUGAUGCCUGCUUACAAAGACAGAGAGACUGGAGAGAAGCUUGCGUACCCAGAAGCCGUGCUCUUGACCACUGCGAUCGAGCCCGAGUUCAAAGACCAGGUGGACGACAAGUAUCAAUACUCCAUGGAGAUCAAAGAUCACAAGCUCAAAGGCUGGAUCUCCGACGAUCCGAAAAUAGGGUUCUGGGUGAUUUCGCCUAGCGAGGAGUACGUCGCCGGCGGACCCAACAAGCCUGAACUUACCUGUCACUGCGGACCCAUUUGCCUUGCUAUGUUUACCAGCGUGCACUAUUCUGGGUUGGAUAUGGUGACGGAGUAUAGGAAUGGAGAGCCAUGGAAGAAGGUGUUUGGGCCGGUUAUGGUGUAUUUGAACUCUAUUGUUCCCUCAAACGAUCAUGCGGCUCUUUGGCAAGAUGCAAAAGCACAGAUGGAGAAAGAAGUGAAGAACUGGCCCUACAGUUUUGUUCAAUCGGAAGAUUAUCUUCCGGCUGCUAAACGAGGAAGUGUUUCUGGCCAACUACUGGUGGAUGACAAAGUUUUAAGUCCGACUCCAAAAGAGGCAUGCACAGCAUAUGUGGGUUUGGCAUUACCAGGAACCACCGAAGUCGCGUUUCAAUUCGAUGUCAAGGGUUAUCAAUUUUGGACACAAACAGAUCAAAAAGGAAAUUUCGUGAUUAAAAAUGUGAGACCUGGAGACUACAAUUUAUACGGUUGGGUUCCAGGGGUUGUGGGCACAUUCAAGCAUCCCGAUCUUAUUACCAUUCAACCAGGGAAUGAGGUCAAAUUAGGUCCAGUUACCUACAAGGCUCCGAGAAAUGGUCCAACAUUGUGGGAAAUUGGCAUUCCAGACCGUUCUGCUGCCGAGUUCUUUGUCCCAGACCCAGAUCCGAAGUUUGUCAAUAAAUUCUUCGUCGACAAACCAAACGAUAAGUACAGACAAUAUGGACUGUGGCUCCGGUAUCCUGAACUAUAUCCUAAGAGUGAUCUUGUUUUUGAUAUCGGUGUUAGUAAUUACAGCAAGGAUUGGUUCUUUGCUCAUGUUCUAAGAGAAGUAAAGCCGGGUGAUUGUGAACCGACCACAUGGCAGAUCAAUUUUGACCUCCCAGAUGUACCCCCAGCUGGAAAUUACACUCUUCAACUGGCAUUGGCAGGCGCACUAGAGACAAAUACAUUUGUUUACGUGAACAAUUUAAAUGCUAAAGCUCCAGCAUUUGCUACAGAGAGAGUGGGAAAAGACAAUGCAAUUGCGAGACAUGGAAUUCAUGGAAUUUACUGGUUCUUCAGUGCAGGUCUACCUUCAAAUUUAUUUGUCAAAGGGAAGAACUCAAUCUUUCUUCGUGCGGCAAGAUCUGGAGGCUUCCCUUUUAUGGGAGUCAUGUAUGAUUACAUUAGACUUGAAGCACCUCCUACCCAACCAUAAACACCUCAAUCUUCAUUCCCAUUUUUUCAUUUCUUAUAAUUAUAUAUUGAGUUAUUUUUAUGUUUGAAAGAAAUUUUUUUUUUGAGGGAGAGGCUUGUAAGUGGAAUUUCACUUUAAUAUAUAUUUGUAAACACCAUCCAUUGUUUCACCUUUUAUUUGUCAACUCUUUCAUCCAUCAGUUUUGAAUAAGCAGCCAUUGGCUUAGUUAACCAGGUUGGUAGUAGGAAGAUCAAUGAGGUUGUUGUAUUUAGAAAUAAAAAAUAAGUUGUAAACAAUUAUGACAUUGUUGAUGGGAGUGAUCAAUCUCUCAUUGCUAAUGUAUCUUCUCUUUAAUAUUUGCCGUGCACUUUCAUCUUUUGCUUCCCCUUUUGGCUAAAAUAUAUCUUAGUUUUGUUGUUUGUAAUAGGGCUUAUGAGUCUACACCAAACUGUCGUGACUCGUGAGUGUCAACUCUUGAAUGGACAAGGUUGCACUAUGCUGAUAACCUUUUCUAACUGCUCUUUACCCAUGUUCCAUAGAUCUCUUCAUUUUGCUAGCUUUUGUUUCAUGAUGACAAAAUCAAUUAUACACAUGUUUAGCUCCUUUUUACUCUAUACAGUAUUAUUUAAUGAUAUUUCCAAGUCUCAAGCCUAGAUAUAUACAGAUCGUCGUUGAUGGUUGCAUGAUUUGGAACAUUAAAGGCAUAAUUGGAGCUCAAACAAAGAUCAUAUACCAAAUUUACCUUGUUGGUAUCACUUGUUUUUCAUCUUGUCCACAUACUCCUUAGUAUAAUGGGUGUGCCGAGAGUAACCAUCGUUACACUAUUGAUAAUGGCCUUGCAAUGUUAUGCCAAGACCAUGUUCCACAACAAAGUAUUGACUUCUUGCAUUUGACACCGCAUCUUACUUCUUGCAAUCCUACUCCUCUUAUCAAUUAUGUCUCUCUCUUUUUUGUGUUAUUUUAAUGCAAACCUUACAUUUCAAUCUUCAAUCUUUUUUAUAAGCUGUGUUAUCUUUCGUGAUGUGCAUAAAUUAGACCAGCUUUCUUUUAUGUGCUUUUUUCUCCCAAGUAAUGACAUGAGAAAAAAAUAGUUAGAAACCUCUACCCAAAAUCCCACCCAAAGCAACACUUAGUGAAGCCACCCUACAAAAUCAAAAGACGCUACCUCUAAAAAAACAUCAACAGAGUUUUAGGUGCCACUCUAUGUGCCUUGCUUGGCUAUAAAAAGUUACCUAGAGGAUAUUACUGUAUUCAUCAUGCCCAUCAAGUUCUGGUUGAUGAGGCUACAUUUCCUUUUGCAUAUCCAAAGUCCAAGUCAUUACCACUUAAUAGACUGAUCUACUACAAUAAUCCUCAAACUAGAGCCCAAUCACAUUACCCAAUCCAAUCCCUCAAGCUCACUUUCUCAACCCACUACUCCUACGGCUACCUCCGCCUCAUCUAACCCGUAAGCCAUACCACAUACCCUUUACCUAUUUUUCCAACUCUUAUUUUAUUUAAUGACUCAAAUCGGCGAUAAUUCCAUCUCCUUAAGUUGAAAUACAGUCUCCAUAAGGGGCAUUGACUCGGAUUAAAUGUUUAGUCACAACUCUCACUCAGUUUGGAUUAUCAAUAUCAUGUAAUAGAAUUUUACCCGGCCGGUUGGCCAGAUAUGGGUAUUUCAUACAUACAACAUCUAAGCGUUGUCUGGUCUUUUCCCUAAUUUUAAAAAUAGAAAUAUAUAUACUUUCUUCUUCAUGGGAACCCUAAUAACAAACAAAGGAAACUGUAUCGGAACCGGAAAAGUGAAUGUUAGUAUAUUUUGUACUAAAAUCAUGGUUUAAUCGUGAUUGAAUCGUUUCCUACCAUUAAAAUCACCUAUCAUUUUUUGUACAGUAUCUGGUAUUUCCAAUCCAACCGGUUGGUACAAUAGGGUUUCCUAAACCUUGUUUCAAACACAUAUGAAACUAUCAGGAUGGAGCGGAAAUAAGUCUAAUCUAAUGUC